AUGACUUUUGUCAGGAAAAUCAAUCCUUUAGUGGUCUCCCGUGAUUAUAAAGAUUCCGGUGGUUGGAAGGGUGACGGUGUUGCAGAGAGCCAGAGACCCCCUCCAGUGCAACUGCAACUAUGCAAAUGGCUUCGGGGUUCUAUUGGUAACUAUUUUAAAAGGAAAUUAGAUGUUGGUACUGAUGGAAGUAGUGAAGGAUCUUCUAAAAGAAAUAGCUCAAAUGAAGUUCCACAAAGACCACAACCUACCACUGUGUCACCUACUCCCAUGGCUUCCAUUCCAACAACUAUUAAUAUGAAUGAUCUUCCUUCGGAUCUGACGGAUAGACCAAAAAUUACAUCUUAUCAUCCAAAUCAAAAAGAUGAAAUAAGAAGGGCAUAUUGUAUUAAAGGACCAUGUCAACCAAGGGGUCAUACUUUUCCAUCAAAAAAGAUAGGUCCUAAGCUAAGACGCUUUAUCGUUGAAUGGUUUGAUGAAUUUGAUUGGUUAGAGUAUAGCAUAAAGGAGGACAAAGCUUAUUGUUUAUGUUGCUACUUAUUUGGAGAUAUUGUAGGACAACAAGGUGGGAGAGAUGCAUUUGUGACGGAAGGAUUUAGCACUUGGAGUAAAAAGAAAUCGUUAUAUGCUCAUGUAGGUAAUGUUGAUAGUUUAUGUAACAUCCCAAACUAUAGAUUUUUGUUGGAAAAUAAGUUACCGUUUCAUGGCCAUGAUGAGUCGGAUGACUCCAUUUCCAAAGGGCUUUUCAUUGAAACAUUAUCUUUGAUUAGAGAACACAAUGAGAGUAUUUAUAAUGUUACCUUAGAAAAGGCUCCGAAGAACGAUAAAUUGACAUCUCCAAAGAUUCAAAAAGAUAUUGUUGAAUGUUUUUCAAAAGAAAUAAUAAAGUCCAUUUGUGAUGAAAUUGGUAAGGAUGUGUUUGCCAUAUUAGUUGACGAGUCUAGUGAUGUAUCUAAAAAGGAGCAAAUGGCUAUGGUUUUGAGAUAUGUUGAUAGACUUGGAGUUGUUAAGGAGAUAUUUAUUGGAGUUGUUCACGUGACGGAUACAUCUUCUUUGACUCUUAAAGCUGCCAUUGAUUCCGUAUUUACUGACAAUAAAUUAAGCAUGGCUCAGGUAAGAGGGCAAGGUUAUGAUGGAGCAAGUAAUAUGUGUAGUGAGUUUAACGGUUUGAAAGCGUUGAUCUUAAGAGAUAAUAAGUCAACAUAUUAUGUACAUUGUUUUGCUCACCAACUUCAAUUAGUGAUCGUGGCGGUUGCAAAGAGUCAUGAUGGUGCUCAUGAAUUCUUUGAGCAACUAGCUUUGGUGGUUAAUGUGGUUUGUGCUUCCUGCAAAAGAAAGGAUAUCAUACGAGAGAGCUACAAAAAGAGAUUGAAAACGGAAAUUGGUAUUGGUGAAACUGAAACCGGAAGAGGGUUGAAUCAAGAGCUUUAUCUAAUUCGAGCAGGAGAUACAAGAUGGGGUUCCCAUUAUAAAACAAUCAUAAGUUUGAUGAAUUUGUUUCCUGAAGUUAUUGAGGUGCUUAAAUAUGUUGAAGAGGACGGCUCAACUUUAUCUAACCGAAAUCAAGUGUACGGUCUCACGGAUACCUUGUCAAGACAUCUUCAAAGAAAAGAUCAAGAUAUUUUGGAAGCGGCUUCAUUGGUAAGAGCAACAAAGAAAUCAUUGCAAACUUUAAGAAAUGACAGCAUUGAAACUUUGGAUAUGUCAGAAUAUUAUGUUACUCCAAGAAACCGUAGGACCAAGAUUACUAAUCAGCAUCAUUUUGAGGUUGAGAUUUUUAACACGGUUUUGGAUAUGCAAAUUUUAGAAUUUGGGGAUCGAUUUAGUGAGGUAAGCACCGAAUUGCUAGAAAACAUGGCGGCUUUAAGUCCUUCUGAUUCAUUUUCUAAGUUUGAUAAAUCAAAGUUGUUGAAGUUAAGUGAGAUGUACCCAGAUGAUUUUAGUGAUUCAGAAAGGACAUAUCUUCUUGGUCAACUUGAUAUCUACUAUCACUCUUUGCUACAUGAUGACAAAUUUGCUAACUUGAAUGGAAUUGCCGACCUUUCUCGCUUGAUGGUGGAAACAGGGAAACAUCGUUCUUUUCUUUUGAUCUAUAGGUUAUUAAAGUUAGUUUUGGUUCUGCCGGUUGCAACUGCAACGGUUGAAAGAUGUUUUUCUGCAAUGAAGCUUUUAAAGACAGACUUGCGCAACAAAAUGAGUGACGAUUUUAUGAAUCAUGCCUUGAUUUGCGCAAUAGAAAAAGAAGCACUUUUAGAUGUUAAGAUUGAAAGUUCUCGAGUUCGAGUUUUUGUGUAUGAAAAAAAUCUCUGCUGGGAGAUUCACCUACCUAAACCGGGAGAUUCAGAGAAUUGGGGUAUUGGUAAGAGCGAUGACGAUGACGGGUUAAUGGAUGACCAACGAUGGAUGGACGAUCAUUUGGUACCGGAAGUUGUCGUUGAAAAUGACCGAUGGAGACAAUGA